AAUAGCAGAAUUAGCACGUUUGGUGCAUAUGGACAUAAGAAAUCUGUGAGACGAUGAAACACGUAUUAUGAACACGAUUUUGAUUUUUAAUGCUCCAUUUGUGACCGUAAGCAUAACACUUUUCUGUAAGUCUACGAGGAAAAAAUAAGAGUUGCUGAUUUCGAUAUGGUGUUGUCCUCUCUUUUUGAAAAGUACUCUGAACUAUAAAAUUCACAAACUUUUAAAUGGCUCAACCCCCUAUUGUGUUUGGAGCUCUCUAGUGAUUUACAUUAUACAUUCACCAUGUACUCUCUUUGGAUUCUUUCAUUACUUUGCAUCGGGGAGGUUUCGGGACACGGAAAACUGUGGGAGCCCCCUAGCCGCUCCUCCAUGUGGCGCCAGGGAUUCCAUACCCCAAUGAAUGCCAAUGAUAAUGAAUUGAACUGUGGCGGGUAUGAGAAUCAAUGGAUUCAUCAAGGAGGACGUUGCGGAGUUUGUGGAGACCCAUAUCAAGAAAAUCCCAGAUCAAACGAGGCCGGCGGCAGGUACGUGACAGGGGUCAUCACUAGGAGUUACAAGGCUGGUGACGUCAUAGAACUAGCAGCAGACCUCACGGCCAACCAUGUUGGAUUUUUCGAGUACCGUGUGUGUCCUAUUCGUGAUUUAAACAUUCCAGCUACACAGGAGUGUUUUGACAAAUACCCUGUGUUGAUUACGGAGUCAAUGGAUGGCCGUUACCAUGUAAACGCGACAGAAAAUGGCGUGAUUCACAUGCAGGGACGCCUCCCUCCAAAUCUGGCAUGUGAGCAUUGUGUGCUUCAGUGGCGUUAUAAUACAGGUAAUCGUUGGAAUUGCGACAUCAACGACAAGUGUGGUCAUGGUACAGGUCCACAAGAAGAAUUUUACGGCUGCGCGGAUAUCUCGAUCAUGGAGAAUCCGGACUUAUCAAAGCACUACACUGAGAGACCUAAGCAUCACUUUGAACCACUAGAAUAUCAACUUAGAUAUACAUUGGAAUAUUUUCGAUCAAUUUCAAGAGAUGACUUUAAUUAUUACCCUACAGAAAAGAAAUCGGAUUCCACUGAUAUUUAUCAGACGUCUAUCGUCACACAUGCGUUUCCGGAAGUGACCACAGAGUUUCCGGUUAGAUUUACAGAAUCUAAAGUUUCGGCAUUAACUGAUGUUUCUGUGCCUGUUGAAAUUCAGCCAGUGACUGUGAAAUCUGCCAUUCAGUCUUUAUUGGCUGCUGAGAGUGCAAAUUUGAAUUAUAAAAAGUCAUCAAACAUAGAUCUCGAUGCAUUAGACAUCAAAACAACAAAGCACAAUGGGCAAAAAGUUGCCAUUCUAGAGAAGAUGUCCGACAUGUUGUGGUCGAUGAUGAAAUCACUCCUUGUACAAUCAAACAAACGAAAUGGACAAAACAUGGCAUCUGUAAAAUGGGAUCCCUUGAAGUCUUUAGGAAAAUCACCGAUUCCAAACACUAGCAGAAGGAACCGCUAUCAAUUUGAACUUAAAUCAAAAUGGCCGCCUACUCAUCCUAUGAUUGUGAAAGCAGAUUACGGCAUUGAUGACAUCAUAGAAGGUAAUCCAAUAACGCUCAGUGAAAUUUCUCCCGAGGAAUAUAUGGAAAGUCCAGUGAUGUUAAAUAACAAUUUCAGAUCGCCUUUUCAGAGAAGAUUAAGCGAAUUGGAUAAAUACCGAAAACAUACGCAAAACCUUGAUGCAAGGCUGUUGGAACUGAAGCAUAAAAGAGACAAAAUUACCACAACAGAAGAAAUGGCAACAUUAAAGACCUUGGUAUGCUCAGGUGCAGAGAGUUUUAUGUAUGUAAACGGCAUCAACACAUGGUGCACACGGAAUUGCAAGGCAGGGAAUUGUCCGCGACAUAUGUGCAGAUGUGUAAACAAAAGAGUCAAGCCCACUACUAGUUCAGUGUUCACAACGACUACCAGCACAACAACACCACAACCUUACGAUGCGACAAAACCUCCAACACUACCGAUAUUAUCAGAAUUCACCCGACAAAAAACUUUGAAAGAAAAAAUUUCGAAACAACCUACCAACGUAAAUUUCUUGUCCAAAAAAGUAUACAUGGACCUUUACAAGCAAAAUCCAGAGAUAUUUGGACAGAAAAUAAAAUAUAUUAAUACCAAGAACAGAAGAAAUCAGUCAAGAAAUUCAAGACGCGGUGGUACCUCUUUUAGGACAAUGCGCGCCAAAAAACCCGAAAGUCCCAAAAAAUCUAUCAUUUGUCAUGGUGCAGACCAAUAUGGACAACAGAGUGCUAUCAAGGGCUGGUGUACCGAAAACUGCCGAAAAGGGUUCUGUCCCAAACGAGUAUGUGUUUGUAAAUAUGGAUAAACAUCUCGAAAAUAAAAAAAAGUGCUAAAACGAACAGUGACUUCUUGACAUAAAGUAAUUCACUACUGAAAAAGGUAGAUCAGUACGCUUAGUUCAUGCAGGGAAUGGAGUAAAACAUUUUCAGUAAGUUUCUUUGUAUACGCUUAGUUUUCAGGGCAGUGAUAAAGCCCACAAGGGGGCGGAUAUAUUCCUUUGGGUUUAUAGAAAAUACGUUUUUAUAACAGGAUAGCAUGCAUGUCCGUCCGUAUAGUUAAACAUUUUCGUACUAAACAUAUGCUUUCAGCCUCACUUUCGCCACAAAAAAGUGUUUGAUCUUACGCGUACCAAAUCUCCCAUUUGGUUGAAAGUUUACAGUACUGUAUUAGAGGUAGUCCGUUCCACCCUAAAACGAAACCUUUCCUGAGGUUAGUUCGAAAGUACUUCAUAUUGAUAUACGGAAUACUAUGAUUGUAUUUUAUCAUUGUAAUGUAUAUUCAACAUUUGUUUGCACUGACACAUUUGACCCAAACCCUAUACCCUCGUUCACUUCAUCACUUGGCAAAAUCAAGUGCAGAAUUUAUUUUAAGGAAUACGAUAGGGGGAAAAGCCAGUAGAGAGAACAAGCGUUUUCUUGCUUUAGCAAUAUAUUUUCGCGAGUCUCCCGUACUGGUGCGCCUGUUGUUCUUAUGAGUCCAUAAUCAACAGAGUUGUGAAAUUCACGAUUUGAUGCCAUCAAUUCCCUGAAGUUGUAUUGUCGCAAAAAGAUCCAAACUAUACAGUACAUGUCUCCAACAAACGCGUGUCAUUUUUGACAAUCUUACAUUGAUACGUACUGUGCUUUUUCUUGAACAAUUGUUUGACCUUUUUAUGAAGAAUGGAUUACAUAUGUAGAUCUAAUAAAAACGAUGAUUAUCCAAGUUUCUAAA